AUGAAACCUUCUCUACUUAUUAAGUGUUUAGGUUAUGGCUUAAAUAGAACCCUUGUUAUAAGCAGUAAUUCACUGAUUGGUGUACAAUUUACACAGAAUAUUCUGCCUAUAAUAAGCAAUUCUAACGAAAUAAUCACAAAUAAUGAAUUUAUAACAGUAAAUUAUAGAAUAAAACUUAGUAGUACAUGUCCAUUAAGUAUUGAAUCAGGCCUUCACAUAGCAAAUGUGAUUGCAGUUGAUAAUGAAAUGACUAAUAAGCGUAUUGUAUAUAACAGACCAAUUGUACCUGAUUUUACUACUCCUUAUUUAGUGUUUGGCAUAUGUGGAGGAGUAAUUGUGUGCAUUAUUAGUGCAUUUAGUAAAGUAUUAUUACACAUAGUAUAAUAAGUAAUAUAUAAUACAUAAUGUAUAAUAAAUAAUAGAAUAUAUUAACACUUAACACACUAU